CGCAAUGGGCAUUACCCUAGAGGUAUGUCAUAUGGUUAGAGUGCAGCCCUUGCGUGCAACAUUCAGAGGGGUCUUUACCUGUUUGUCAAUGCAUUAGAAAUCGUUUUAUUGGUGCUCCAUCUGCGAUGCCAAACCCAUUGUGGAUAGGGCAGAAUUCAAGGUUCAAGAAUUCGCAGAAAUAUCAUGAUCACAGAAAUAACCAAAGGUUUAUCAGCUACAACUCAGAGAGCAGCGGCAACCAGAAGAGAAAAUCUGAAGAUCAAAAAGUACGACCAGGAGCUUUUGCCUGGAGGUUUUCGACCAACAUUUGUGCCUAUAGUCUUGAAACUUUUGGCUGUUGGGGAGAGAAAGCUGAAGACUAUUUGAAGAAACUGUCACAGCUAUCAAGAGACGAAGACGAAAAGCCAAAUGCAUCAACAUUCAAGACAUACUGGAGAGCUGUCUUUUCUGUGUCUACAUCGAUUAAAUUCUGGAGUGAUUGACAGAAAAAUGAAGAAGAUUGUUUCAAGAGACAGCCAAAUAGACAUAAAUAGUUGUAGGUAGAACCAAGCCCUUUGGCUUGGGUAGUAUUUAGUUACUUUGCUUAGAUGGUGUAUAUUAGUUCAAUAUUUGAAAAUAUAUGUAUUGACAGACAGACAGACAGACAGACAGACACGGGAACUUGCACAUUAGAUUGUCGAAUAUAGUCUUC